AUGAAAAAUCUCUUGCGUUCCAAUGAAUAUUGGAGUGCUAUUCAAUCUGGUUUCGAGGAACCAAAAGAAAACGAACCACUAAGCGCAGUCGAGCAAAAAGAAAUCGAUGAAGCAAGGCUCAAAAAUCUCAAAGCAAAGAAUUAUCUCUUUCAAUCCAUUGAUAAGAGUUUUUUGAAAACUAUCAUUCAAAAGGAUACUGUCAAGCAAUUGUGGGAUUCAAUCAAACACAAAUAUCAAGAAAAUGCUAGAGUGAAGCGAGCCCAGCUACAACGACUUUGUAGAACAUUCGAAACUUUAGAGAUGAAAGCAGGAGAAGGUGUUUCUGAGUAUUUUACAAGAGUUAUGUCUACUGCUAAUGACAUGAGGAAUUGCGGAGAAGAUAUGCCGGAUGUCAAAAUUGUUGAGAAAAUACUUCGAAGUCUCACCGAUAAAUUCAACUUUGUAGUAUGCUCAAUUGAAGAAUCUAAGGACAUUGAUCAAUUAACAGUCGAUGAAUUACAAGCAUCUUUGCUUGUACAUGAACAAAAGGUGAUUGAUAAGAGUAAAGAGCAGGUUCUGCCGGUGGAGAAUAUACAAAGAUAUGGACAAGGAAGAGGCAGAGGGACAUUUCAGAGAGGAAGAGUUUACUCUAGAGGAUGGGGAAGAGGUAGAUCUUUUGUGAACCGGUCGGCCAUCAACUAUUUUCAAUGUGGAAAGCAAGGAGGAAGAAUGUUAUUGAUGGCGUACACAAAGAAAGGUAAAGUUGAAAGAGAAGGCAUUUGGUUUCUCGAUUCCGGGUGCUCAAAUCAUAUGACAGGGGACAAAACAUGGUUCGUUGAGCUUUACAAAAGUUUCAAACACACUGUUAGGUUGGGAAAUAGCUCAAAAUUGGCAGUUGAAGGAAGAGACAGUGUCAGAUUCGAAGUUGAAGGUAUCACACAAAUCGUGACAAAUGCCUACUAUGUCCUCAAUCUCACUAACAAUUUGCUAAGCAUAGGGCAGCUACAGGAGAAGCGCUUGAUGCCGAAGAAGUUGUGGGCGGAAUUAGCAAGAUGGGCAGCUCAUGUUCUGAAUCACAGUUACACAAAGGCAAUCAAGGACAUGGUUCCUGAGGAGAAGUAG